AAUACCGUUCGCCCAGUUAGUUUUAUUUUUCUUUCACUGCUCGCUUGUUUUGAUGACGUCAAAAUCGCCUUUCCGCUUUCAUUCGCGGCAGUAAACAUGGCGGACAGUUAGCGAAGCCACGGUGUGAUAUUCAAUCCUGGGGGGUUUGGAUUUCUCUUUCAGGACGUACGCAAAACGUGUUGCAUUGCUUUUGGCACACGGAGGUGUGCGUGUGUGUAGGGCGUUGUGCCCUGUGAGUUUUUACUGAACAAAAGCGUGAAGGAGACCUACCGUCACAAUGGGGCGACGUUCAACCUCCUCCACCAAGAGUGGGAAGUUUAUGAAUCCCACCGACCAGGCCAGAAAGGAGGCCAGAAAAAGGGAGUUAAAAAAGAACAAGAAGCAGAGGAUGAUGGUGAGAGCAGCAGUCCUGAAGAUGAAGGAUCCCAGACAGAUCAUCAGAGACAUGGAGAAGCUGGAUGAGAUGGAGUUCAACCCAGUUCAGCAGCCGUUGCUGAAUGAGAAGGUGUUGCGGGACAAGAGGAAGAAGUUGCGUGAGACAUUUGAGCGCAUUGUUCGUCUGUACGAAAGAGAGAAUCCUGAAACCUACAAAGAGCUACGCAAACUUGAACUGGACUAUGAGACUAAAAGAGGGCAGCUGUCUCUUUAUUUUGACUCAGUCAAGAAUGCAGAGUUGGUGGAGGUUGACAGUAUCCCUCUACCAGACAUGCCUCAUGCCCCAUCCAGUAUCCACAUCCAGGACAUCCCACUACCAGGGGCUCAGCCUCCCUCCAUAUUGAAGAAGAGCUCCACUUUUGGUAAAGGACCAUCGUCCUCCGGACCAGCAUUGGCAACAGUGCCAGGUGUCCCACGCUUACCUCCAGGGAAGAAGCCCCCUGGGCCUCCACCUGGCCCCCCACCUCCUCAGGUCCUGGCACUGUAUGGACCUGCUCGACGCGGUUACGGCACAGAUGCAGAGCCUUCCAUUCCUGGAUUUGAAAAGGACUCUGCAAUGGAUUUGGGGAGAGAUCGGGACAGCGGGAGUGAGAGCGACAGAGAUCAGGACGAUAUUGAUGACGACAGCGACUCUGAAGACAUCAGUGAAGAAGAGAGAGAUGAAGGGGGAGAUGGUGAACAGAGAAUGCGCUUGGACAGGCAGGACGAUGAGAGAGAACGAGAAGAAGAUAGAGACAGAAGUGAAAGACAUGGUGGUCGUAGCGUACGUUUCGCAGAUAUGCCUGCAGAGGCACCCCGUGAAGGAAAAAGGAAGAAGAAGAGGGUUGUGAAGAAGACCAAGGCCAUUACACCUCUGCAAGCCAUGAUGUUAAGGAUGGCAGGUCAGUCAGUUCCUGACGAGGAGGAAGAAGAAGAGGUAGAGGAAGAAUACACAGAUGAAUCAGACAGCUCUGAUAUCGAGGACAGAGGCCCUCCAGGGGACAACCAGUCCCAUCUCAUGGCCAAUCAGCGACUACCCCCUCCAGCUGGGACCACGGGACAGCAAGGGCCUCCACACAUGCAAGGGCCGCCGAUGACAGGACCUCCACCACUUGGUCCACCUCCGGCACCACCAAUGAGGCCUCCUGGUCCACCAUCUGGCCCACCUCCUGGCCCCCCACCAGGUGCUCCUCCGUUCUUGAGGCCUCCUGGCAUGCCUGCAGGAAUGAGGGCUCCAAUGCCUCGGCUUCUGCCUCCUGGGCCUCCACCAGGUCGACCACCUGGUCCUCCACGGCCCCCUCCUGGCCUUCCACCAGGCCCUCCACCACGUGGUCCACCUCCCAGAUUACCACCCCCAGCACCACCAGGUAUCCCGCCUCCUCCCCCAAGAGCUGGAGGGCCUCCGCGUCCUCUUGCACCACCUCUGUCUCUCUUCCCUCCACCUCUCAAUUCCAAUGUGCUGAGUGCUCCUCCAAACAUUGUUCAGCGACAAAAAGGCUCAGGAUCCAGCCAGGACGGUUUACAGACCAACCUGCAACCCCCUGCCAUGCCCAUGCGACCUGGUGUCAUGCAGAUGCCCCCUCCGCCUGGGACAGCUGCUGCCUCCACAGGCACCAAUCCGGGCAGCAAUCCCCCCAGCCAUCACCACCCUCCCACCAUCGAAAAACGCGCAAACAUCACCUCUGUCGCAGCUGCAGGAGGCAACCUGGCAGCAGGUGCCGGUGCAGGCGGGGCUACCAUCUCUGCCAAACCUCAAAUUAUCAAUCCCAAGGCAGAGGUGACCCGCUUUGUGCCCACAGCGCUGAGGGUGCGUAGGGACAAGGUUGGAACAAUGCCAGGAGCAGCACCUGGGCCCAUGGAGAAAGCAGGGGGUUCUGUUGGAGGAAGGAGGGGAGAUGAAGGUGUGGGAGGAGGCCAGUGGCAGAAACAGCACAGCACAGCAACAGCUCCUAUGGGCGUGGCCAAUCCAUCACAGAUGGGUGCUGUGUCUCAGCCCAACAUGAAGACUAAAGACCAGGUGUAUGAAGCCUUUAUGAGGGAGAUGGAGGGACUCCUCUAAGACUCGGGAGCGUACUGCCGAUAAUGAUGAUCAGUGUGGCAAGCUGAACAACAGCAGUGUGUUUGUUUUGUGUUUUCUGUGCAGAGUUAUAGAGGUAGCCGUCUUCAAACUUUCAGCUAGAAUCAGUUUGUCUGUCACCUACCAGUGAAAGGCCACUACACCCUCAGCUUUGUUCUCUACAGGCUCAUAUUCAUUUGAUCUGGGUUAGAUUUUUGUUGCAUCAACAAGAAUGUGCAUUUCAAAAAGAGUAAGAAAUCUGUUUAUUUUACUGGGUAACUUGCAUAGUCAAUUCAAGAGAAGAACACUAUGCUCUGCACAGAAGUGCUUUUUCACAUCCAGCAUAUUGUUUUGUUUUUUUUGUCUUGUUUUUUAACUCUGAAAUUGUUUUUCUUCCAACCACCUGUUUGCAACUUGACCUUAGAAGCAAUCUUGUAUUACUUUUUUCUGUUUUUUUUAUUGCAGAUCUCCUAACAUAAAAAUAGUUAUAGAAUGUUUUCCAACCACUGACAACGGUAAAAGUGUAAAACUGUUUGAUCUUCAGCCAAAUAAAAACUCAAACUGGUUUAAUCUUG